AUGUUCCUGUAUACGGCGCGGGGCAUCGGCGCCGAGUUUCUGGCUUUAGGCAGUCUGCGGCCUGCCAUGAGUCGUGGAUGCUGCUGCCAACGCAAUCUGUCUACUUUCUUUUAUAAAACUAUGUCCUCAUCUGCUGAUGUUUCACCAUGUCCUACCCCAGUCGGUACACCUAUAAGUACACAUGCACCAAAAUAUGGCACUGUGAUACCAAACAGAAUAUUUGUUGGUGGAAUUACCACAACAACCACAGAAGCCGAAUUGAAGGCCUUUUUUACUUCAUAUGGAGCAGUAAAAGAUACAAAAAUUAUAGCUGAUAGAGGUGGAGUCUCUAAAGGGUAUGGGUUUGUCACGUUUGAAAAUCAAGAAGAUGCUGACAGAAUAUUAAAAAAAGAAGCUGAAAAUUUAAUCUUCAAAGAUAGAAAAUUGAAUAUUGGUCCAGCUAUCAGGAAACAGGUUCAUAUGACUACUCAGUUAUUAGCAGAUCUUUAUGCUCAGGGUGCUGCUGAACAAGUAUCUCCCAGGUCAUAUGGAGAUCCUAAUCUGCAUCCAGGAACAAUAUUGUUAUCCACUAAUGGAGUUCCUUACACUUACCAGAAUGGGAUGGCAAUUUUUCAUGCUCCAGAAAGUGGUUAUCCAAUUCAUCAACCACAGAUGACUUCACCAACUCUCCUUUCAUCUUCUGCAACAACUGAUUGGCCAGCCUACUCUGCUACUGCUGUAAUGGUUUCUCAGCCACCACCUCCAGUCUAUAUGGCUCCAACAUAUCCAACAUAUCAACCGGGCACUCCACCACAAUGGACUGCAACUACUCCAAGCCAGUGGCGUUGGGCAGCACAGAAUCCUGCAGGCCAAAGUGUAGCUGCCGCAGCUGCCACUGCUGCCACUGCUGCCACAGCCCCUGGUUAUGUGUUUGCUGCCAUCCCUCCGUCCCCGGAUCUGAUGUAUGCUCAGCCUCCGCCACAGGCAACGUUCCAGCACACUGACAUUACAGAGGCCACAACUGUGCUUGAAGCACCUCCUAUCGAGGGCACAGUGGCGGCAGUUGCCAAGGAGACGUUGCCCUGCAGCAGUGGUGGCGGAGGUAGCAUCCACCACAUGUAUGUUACUGAUCUUCCUAGCACUAGUGAGCAGCAACCUCAGCGCCCUCUUCCUUCUCUUCCUCCGGUGACAGCUACAGCAACCCCAGUGUACACGGUACACACAUCUCCACAACUGAAAACACAAUUGCCACCACCUCCUUCUUCCUUACCACUGUCCAUUAAGACUACAACUUAUCGCAAAGCAGUGGCAAGUGCUCCUCCUCGACGCUCCUAUAGCAGUCCAACUCUCUUGGUUAAACAUGGCCACAAAGUCCAGCGGCUAAUGGCUAAAUCAUCUGCUGGUCCAAUUCGCACUAUUUUGCAAAAGUCCGACACUGAUGCAACUGUUGAAGGGGCACUAACACACACCCAACUAACUUCUGCUCCAGUUAUGAAUAAGACAAAAACAUCACAAAUAAUGCGUCACUGA